AUGGCUGGAAGCUCAAAAGAUCAGUUGGGCAGCUUCCGAAAAUGCAAGCAACUGGAUUUGGAUUGGCAUAAUCUAAGGCCGAAUUUAUAUUGGCACAGAUUCGAUCGGGAUAUGGUUGGAAGGCAAGGCCGAGCUAGAGCUAAAGACUCGGUUGAGGCGUGGCUAGAAGAUUCGGCUAGGUUUGAUAGCUGGGCACGGCCGGAGGAGCUGGGAUGUGAGAUACGGCUGGGCACGACCGGUUUGAAGGAUUGCGGCCGGAUUCUGAUGCUUGGAGAAUGCGGCCGGGGUUCGUCGGGGAAAUCCAGGGCUUGCGAGAUAGUUGGGCGUGGUCGAACGUAG